CCAAAUUAUUUUUCAUUUUAUUUUUUAUUAAAAGAGACACUUUGUUUGCUUUUGCGCAAUUGCACUUACUUAACCCUAUUUCAGACAGAAAAAAUUAGUGCUUUGUCACAGUUGGAAGACAAAGGCUUCAGUUUCACAUCUCACUUCUAAAUUGGGUUGAUUCUCCUCUCUUCUUUUACCCAUUUUUUUCUAAAUUAAAGGGUGUUUUUUUUGGUUUUUAUGGUAUUAAAGCUGGUUUUUUUCUCAUAAAAUUCAAAAAUUUCAGCUGAAAUUCAUCUGGGUUUUUUAUUUUCUGGAAUGGGUUGUCAUUUUUUUACCACCCUUUUAAAACCAUGAUGUUUUUUCAUCUGGGUUUUCGAUUUUAGUCCUUUUUUUUUACAAAAAAAAAAAAAAAAAAAAAAAAUUGUUUUUUUUUAGGGAAAUUUAAGCUGAAUUUGGUUGAAAAUGGAGAUAGAAUUAGCCAACAAAGUUGCAAUAGAAAGUGGGCAUAAAGUUUUAGCUCUUCUUAGUGAAAAACAAGAAAUUGAAGGAAAAGUUUUAAUGGCACAAACUAGUGAUGCAGUUAGCAAAUUCAAUAGAGUAGUUUCUCUUGUUGGGCAAAAGGGUUUUGGUCAUGCUAAAAUCAGAAAAUACAAGAAUUUACCUUCAUCUUUACCAGAAAAUAUUUUCUUAGAAACCCCACAUUUACUUCCUGAAUCUGCUGUAAAACCCAUAAAUUUACUUCCUGCUUCAGGAAAUUUCAAAAACCCUGUUUCAGAAUUUGACCAGAAAGUUCAGAAUUUACCCCCAAUUGCUCAGAAAUUGUUUGCUGAAAAGCCUUCAAUUGAUUUUACUCUAUCAGUGAAACCUCCUGGCCAAAAUUCUACCCCUCAAAAUUUAUCCCAAAAUCUGCAGUUUUUACAGCAGCAGCAGCAGAAGUUUCAGCAGCAGAUGUUGCAGAGAGUGCAAAUUCAACAGCAUAUGAUGUACAAAAAUGAAAUGGCAAACAACAACAACAAUUCAUCUAUUAGUGGUGGAAGUGGGAUUAAUUUGAAGUUUGAUCAGUCGAAUACUUGUACACAAACCAUGUCAUCUAAUAGGUCCUUUGUAUCUUCAUUGAGUUUGGAUGGGAGUGUACCUAGUCUAGGCCGGAACUCGUUCCAAUUGUUCGGGUUGCCUCAAUCGUCUGAUCCGAAUUCGCAGCUUCUUAGGAGGAGGUGUCUUGUUAAGGGUGGUGAAGGUGGGAGUGCAAAAUGUGGGAGUGGCUCCAAAUGCCAUUGCUCCAAGAAGAGGAAAUUGAGGGUUAAGAGGUCCAUUAAGGUGCCUGCAAUAAGUAACAAGAAUGCUGAUAUUCCUCAUGAUGAAUACUCAUGGAGAAAGUAUGGGCAGAAGCCAAUUAAGGGGUCACCACAUCCAAGGGGAUACUAUAAGUGCAGCAGUGUGAGAGGCUGCCCAGCAAGGAAACAUGUAGAGAGGUGCUUAGAGGAACCUACAAUGCUGAUAGUCACAUAUGAGGGCGAGCAUAACCAUGCCAAGUUUAUAGCAUCUCAUUCUUCGCAGACUUGACAACGUCAGUUGAACUUUGUAGCCUAUCAUUCGGAAUUCUCAGCGUAGAUACAGCACAGCCAUACCAAUUUGUGGCCUGUGCUUUUGCUUUGCCAUUGUAUAUAUUAGUAUUAAUAUCGUCGAAAACUUGAAAACUCUAUAGCCUGAAACUGUUUAAUUACUAGAUGUUUAGUUGAGCUAUUUAGUUCUGGUUUGUAAGGUUCGAGCAACAGACCACAGAGCUAAAGCAGGAAGGCCUAUAUAAUUAAAAGGUUACAAAUUGGAUUUCCUGGAAAUCUUUUCUCUUCUUCA